UUUUAUGCACCAAGUCGUCUAAUUUGCCUUCUUUUUCCUACCAAACCAAAAUCCUCCCAUUAAAGAAGAGCGCAUUUUCAGUUACGUCCAUAGACUGAAUCCCAAGAAACUCAGUCUAAACCGCAAAACAUAACUACUUUGGUAGAGUGAGGCGGCCACAUCAUUUUUACAGUGAUGGAGACGCCGUUGCUCAACGGUGGCCACCGCCAACUCAUCAGCGGAGACGGAGACUACCUCCCUGCCACAACUCUAAGAGAAUGGUGGGCUAUUUUUUGCAUAGAGACUGCAAAGUUAUGGAGGAUAGGAGGUCCUAUUGCAUUCAACAUUAUAUGUCAGUAUGGUGUCAACUCACUUACCAAUAUAUUCGUUGGUCAUCUUGGUGAUAUUGAGCUUGCGGCUAUCUCUAUAGCCCAGUCUGUCAUUGGUACAUUCACUUUCGGCUUCAUGAUGGGAAUGGGAAGUGCACUGGAGACACUGUGUGGACAGGCCUAUGGUGCAGGGCAAAUUCACAUGCUUGGUGUUUAUAUGCAACGCUCGAUCAUAAUUCUGUUUGUGAGUUGUAUCUUGCUCUUGCCCAUAUAUUUAUUUGCAACACCAGUGCUUAAACUGCUGGGCCAAGAAUCUGACAUUGCUGAGCUCGCCGGCAGUUAUGCCAUACUAAUCAUCCCCCAAUUGUUUUCACUUUCCAUCAAUUUUCCAACCUCCAAAUUCCUUCAAGCCCAAAGCAAAGUUGAUGUGAUUGCCUGGAUUGGAUUUGUGGCUCUGCUCGUGCAUGCUGCACUCCUUUGGCUCUUUAUUUACACAUUUGGCUGGGGUACAAGUGGUGCUGCCUUAGCCUUUGACAUAACAAAUUGGGGCCUGGCAUUAGCUCAGUUAGCUUAUGUUGUUGGAUGGUGUAAGGAUGGGUGGAAAGGACUGUCAUGGGCAGCAUUUAACGAAAUAUGGUCCUUUGUGAGGCUCUCCAUUGCCUCAGCUAUUAUGCUAUGUCUUGAGGUUUGGUAUAUGAUGAGUAUUAUCAUCCUUAUUGGCCAUCUUGACAAUGCUGUUAUUGCAGUUGGCUCCAUUUCUAUUUGCAUGAAUGUCAAUGGGUAUGAAGCCAUGUUGUUCAUUGGAAUUAAUGCUGCCAUAAGUGUACGGGUCUCAAAUGAGCUUGGGCUAGGACAUCCAAGGGCCACUAAAUACUCUGUCUAUAUCUCAGUGUUUCAGUCACUCCUAAUUGGGCUACUCUGUAUGGUUGUUGUAUUAGUAGCUAGAGAGCAUUUGGCCAUUAUCUUUACAAGUAGUAAAGAUAUGAUACAAGCUGUUGGUGAUCUUGCUUACCUUCUCGGAAUAACUAUGGUUCUUAAUAGUGUUCAGCCUGUUAUAUCAGGUGUUGCUGUGGGGGGUGGAUGGCAAGCUUUAGUUGCUUAUAUUAAUCUGGGAAGUUAUUACAUUUUUGGACUCCCACUAGGAUUUAUUCUUGGUUAUGUAGCUAAUUUGGGAGCAAAGGGACUUUGGAUGGGAAUGAUAGCUGGGACAUCUUUGCAGACUGUGCUACUCUUGAUUGUACUGUAUAAGACAAAUUGGAACAAGGAGGUUGAGGAAACGAGUGAGCGUAUGCGAAAGUGGGGAGGUCAAGAUCUUGAAUUUGAGAAAUCCAAGACUGACAGCCUGAUAUCUGUUGAGAAUGGUGUACCUUAAGGUUGCAGAGUGAUAGAGAAGGAUAAUACUGGCCUGCUGUUUUGAGUUUCAAAAUUUGCGAAAUGUGGGAAUCCAAGCAUUUGGUCGACUAGCAAUUUUUGACACUCAAACUGCGGAAAAAAAUUAGUUGCACCUGGUAGUAUAUUGUGUAUGAGAAGACCUUAGUUCUAUGUGCCAGCUUGCAUCAAUGUUGAGACAUUCAAUUGCUCCUAUAUUUGUUUUAGUCCAGGUGAAUUUCACAAGUCUUAUAUCUGGAAGAAGCUCUGUUUUGUCUCUGCUUUAAUAAUGAAAUCAAAUCUCAUUAUUCCUUUUC